UAGGCCCCGCCCCCGASCAGAAAUGGCCGUUGCUGGGAGACCGGAGGGACGCGGGAGCGGGGCCGCUAUGGCGGAGUCCAGUCCCUUCGCCCCCACGGCGGCCGAGGCCGAGCUGCUGCUGCUGCAGAGACAAGCGCUGGCCGAGGAGGAGGCGGCCAAAACCAAGCGGGAACUCCUCGCUCGCUUCCUGCAGGAGAAAUUAUCCCGGGAGGAGCAGAGCAGCACAUGGGGUCUGAACAAGGUCCGCACGCUCUGGCGCUUGGCGAUGCGCAAAACCAAGGACGAGGAGCUGCGCCGGGACAUCGAGAUCCUCAGCGAGACCUUCACACGGGUCAUGGACUGCAAGGAUGGCGUCAUUGAGGGGYUGGUCAGGGACCUGGAGGAGGCGGAUGAACAGCAGAACCGAGCUCUGCGCAGCCACCUGCACCUCACGGAUCGACUGCUGGAGCUCCAGCUCUGCCGCCUGAGCUACCUGGAGGAGGGGUUUAAUACCCGGGUGGCCGCCCUGAAAGCCGAGUUUGAGGUUGAGAGAAAGGCCAUUCUGGAGCAGGGUGAGUGGGAAAGCAGCUGCCUGCAGGACAUGGCACUGGCCAGGGAGCAGGAUCACUCCAAUACCGACCAUGAAGCCAUCCUGAACUUCCAGAGCGCCCGGGACGAAAUCAAAAACCAGAGCUGGCAGGAGCAGCAGUACAGCCGGAUACAGCUCGUCGCCAGGCUGGAGGGGCUGUGGGACCAGAUCCAAAAAGCCCGGCGGAGCUACGCCGAGGCCACGGAGAAGAAGAAGAUAGAAUUCGAGGAGCUSAAGAGGAAGUGUGAGAAGAGUUCCMGGGAGAUUGAUACACAGGCGAAGAAGCUGCAGAAGCUCCAGGAAAAAGUUGCAGCCACUAAAAGCCAGAUCGCRGCUCACCUGCGGGAGAGCGAGGAGCACAUCCAGCGCGUGCGGGAGGAGAAGGAACAAGUCCUCCACAAACUCUACAAACUCCGCAGUGAGAUGACCCAGGCCGGGGCCAUGGCUCACAGCCACCUGGUCACCCUCAUCUGCCAGUGCAAUGGCACCCUCAAGGCACUGCAGCAGCUGGUGGAAAAGGCCCAGCGAAUCCUGCGCCUGGCCGAGAUGUGCCGCAGGCUGGAGACAGAAGAGGAGAAGGUGGUGCCCUUCUACCGCUCCUCACUGGCUGAGUGGGAGCAGGAAGAUGCCYGCAGGGUCCUGGAGGAGACCCCCACAGAGCCCCUGGCAGAGAUCAURCAGGAUUACGUGGGGCUGGAGCGAUUCUGGCAGCGUUUCAACAAGGUGAAGCUGGAGGAGAAGGCGCUGGAGCGGGCACGGGUGGCCCUGGCCAACAGGAACCAGCACCUKCGGGAGCUGCUCCAGCAGUACCUACAAGGGGCUGCACUCAGCCUGAAGGUGGUCAGAGACCCCCACCCCCUCCUCACCACCAAGCAAGGCCAACGUCCCAAAAAAUGAGCCCCACAUUGUGGGGGUGGGAGURGGGGAGCUGUGCUCAGGGACAACAGGACAUGGAACACGCCAAGAGCCACCCCAUUCCUGGCUCCAGCUGAGGCUCYCUGGCAGAUCAGGGACCUGCCUGGUGCUUGUCACUGCCUGGAUAUGCCUUAAAAGAGCAAAACUGCCUGCAAAUGUGCUCCAGGGUCUUAUUUCUGGGAUUUGU